GGAGCGGAGGGAUGUCAGCAGCAGAUCUGCUUCCGCUGUGAUCAGUAGGAAUCACUUAGAAAGUUUGGCAGCCGUCUCAUUAUCCUUUCUUCUUGGGACGUGUCCAGCUCCACCUCAUUGUGAAAUCUGAGAAGUCGCUUAAAUAUGUUGUGUCAUCAGAAAAGCGAAACCAUGAGAGCAGCCACUUGAUGACGAGUGCAGACCGGAGCGCAGGUGGUUAUUUUCUGGGUAUUGUGUGUAUCCUCUGUAUGCUGCAGUCUAUCCAUCAUCUCCAAGGACUCUCACAGGUGUCAUGUGUCGAUAAUAUCUUCUUACCGUGUGGGGACCAUGCAGUGCCAUGGAUCUGUGUCCCGUCUGGGGGUCCUUAGGCGAAGUAAUCUUCUUCUCCAUGAGAAAUGGUUGCUCUCUGUCCGGGCCGUCAGUGGACGCCAUAGGUGUCACUCCGUUCUUAGUAAAGACACUUUCAGGGCUGGUCGUCCUGUCUUCCUGCUGUUCAAGCCCCAUGGGAUGUUUGGCACCUGUACGUCUCAGAGGAGUCAGAGUGGGAUAGUAACCGAUCCGAUUCAGCAGCAUCGCCAACGUCUCUCAGCUUGGUUCAGUUGUCUGCCCACUGAAGAAAGGCACUUUGGACCUUCCUUUGCCCUAGACUCCAUCCACAUUGAUCCUGUUAUCCGCGAAAGUUCUCCGGAAGAUAUUCUGCGUCCGCUGUCCGAGUUAACAUUCCAUGCCCAACUGCAGAGCCCAUUAUGUCCUCAGAGUAUGUCCGUGUGUCAGCUGUUCCAACCAAACGCAGCUGGAAAACCCAUCAGGAGUGUGGUUCUUUAUGGGACAGUUGGUACCGGAAAGAGCACGCUUAUCCGAAAACUUGUACUGGAUUGGUGCCAUGGGCGGAAGAGCGAGUUUCAGCUCAUCAUUCCCCUUUCUUGUGAAGAUCUGUCCCAAGUUACCGCUCCAAUUUCACUUACGCGGCUCAUUGGCAAGAAGUAUCUCCAUCUGCGAGAACUGUUGCCCACGCUGCAGAAUUAUUCUGGGGUGCUCUUUAUACUGAACAGCUUAGAGUGGAUGAAUCUAGAUUUCAGAAUGGCCAGCACUGAGUUAUGCAGUGACCCGAAUGAACCAAUGCCACCAGCAGCUAUCCUUGUAAAUCUCUUGAGAGGAUACCUGCUUCCAGAGGCAAACGUGUUGGUGACCACUCGUCCCUCAGCAUUAAGUCGAAUCCCGCGGAAGUAUACCGGCCGGUUUGCUGAGGUCUGUGGCUUUUCAGACAUGGAACUGCAAAAGAUGUACUUCCACUUACGCUUGGGCCACCGAGAUGCAGACCCACGUGAAACGGCAAACUUGGCGGAAAUGUUAAGCCGCAACCUGGAACAUCACAGCCAGUUGGCGGCUGCUUGUUUCCUGCCAUCUUAUUGCUGGCUGACUUGCGCUACAUUACACCUGCUGUACUAUGCCAAGCCUGAUGAAUCCCCUAUGACACUGACUGGCAUUUACACAACCUUUUUACGAUUAAACUUUGCCGGUGAGGUGUUGGACAUAACGCAACCCUCUAAAAUCUCCCUGAUGCUUUAUGUAGCACGCACAGUAGGCAAACUGGCAUAUGAAGGCUGCAAUUCUCGACGUACCAAAUUCACGGAAUCCGAUAUCACAAAGUGUUUUCACCUACAGAUGAACAGUGAGGAAGAGCUCAACCUUCUUGACGUCUUCCGAUCGGACGCGUUUCGUUUUUUUCUCACUCCCUGUGUCCAGCCAGGCCAAGAGAACGUCUUUGUCUUCACCAUACCUGCUAUGCAGGAAUACUUAGCCGCACUAUAUGUCGUAUUGGGAGAAAAUAAGACCGCUUUGCAACGGUUAGGCAAAGAGCUUUCCGAGGUGAUCAGCAAAGCCGGAGAAGACGUGAUGGCCGUAGUCAACGUGUUGUCUAAAUUUCUUCCUUUGCGCAUCUUCACACUUUUUAAUCUUUUACGCGUAGUGCCACGGCUUUAUGGAAAAGUCAGUGGACAGAGCCGUGAAAACAUCGCUCAAAUGAUGACGGCGGAAAUGUUUCGAGAGGAGGAUUCUUAUAAUGACGAUGUUCUAGACCAAAUAAGCUAUAGCAUCCUCGGUCUGGAGGGACCUUUGCAGUCAGCCGAGGGGGAUAAUUAUGGCAGACAAGAAGCAUUUGAGUUAUAUCCCAUUUUCAUGGCAGGACUUCUGUCCCGUCAGAAUCGAGCCAUGCUUAACCAGCUAGGCUGCACCAUUAUGAACAUGGAUGCCCUAAAAAUCACCCGUGCUCUAAAGAAGCAUCUGUUGAAGCGCAGCCUUCGCAGGCUCCCACCCUCUGAGCUAAUGGACUUUCUCUUCUUUUUGUAUGAGUUUCAAAAUCCGAGUUUCUCGGCGGUACUGGUAAAUUCACUUCGAGAUCUGGAUCUCUCCACCGUCCGCAUGACGCCACUCAAAUGUAAUGUGGUUGCCGUUGUAAUUGGAGGAACAGGAAAACUGCUGACAGAUGCCGACCUCAGCUCCUGUCACCUAGAUCCUGAUGCCAUUCAUACAUUGGCGCCUGUGCUCCGGAGAUGCCAGAAUGUGAAUCUGCAUAUGAACGCACUAGGACCUGAUUCCUGCAGAGAAAUAAAGGAGCUCCUGUUACACCCAGACUGUGCAAUCAGCAGUCUACGGUUAUGUAAUAACCCCUUGGAACCAGAGGGAGCGCAGUUAAUCAUGGAAGGACUUGCCGGUAACAGUUCAUUAAAGUACCUGUCUCUCCUGCGCACAGAUCUUGGAGAUGAAGGAGCUGAAAUCCUGGCAAAUAAUCUUGGAAAAAAUAAGAAUCUGCAAGAGCUAAAUCUAGCAUAUAAUGGGAUCCAUGACCAGGCAGCUCUCAGGCUCGGGGAAGUGGCUUCACUUCACCCAACACUUGGCAGAGUUCAUUUGUAUUUCAAUGAACUAUCAGACAGUGGUCUUCGUGACUUGCAGUCCAUGGGUGACGUCAGAGUUAUCGUAUCCCUUACAGAAGGAUCAGAUGCAUCGCGUCAUUGGUCUCUGAUACUGAGAGAGCUGAAGGCUAAUGCUGGGGGCUGGGAUCAUGCCCGAAUGGGCGCACACCUCACUCUGCUCCUGCGAGAUCUACAAAGUAGUCGGGCAAUGACUGGGAACCUGUGGCGUAAAGUGCGUAUUAUACGUGUGGAGACAGAAGUCAAGCGCAUGCUGAGUCGUAUUCAGGGAGGGAAGCUCUGAGGCCAUACACCCUGUAUAGCGGUCAGCCAAACGGCUUUCUCUGCCACGACCCCCUUCCCCAUACACAUGCACGCUCGGUUUGGCCCAGAGUGCAGGAGUUCUCAAUAGGGAGAGGAGAGUAAAUCUCUGAUAGACACCUUCAAGCGGCGGUUCGUCUUCCUAAGAACAGAAGGAUUGGGCAUGUUGACAUCCAGGAAUCCCCCAUAUACAUUACAUGGUUUGCCAAAAUCAAUGGAUUGGGCUGACUUACAUCUUAUCUGUGUGGUCGGCUACACUGUAGAGUUUAAUCUUGCAAAAUGUGAUCAUUUUCCAAUUAGUUUUGGCAGAGGAAAGGAGAUCACAAUUCGUUUACCCAUUAGCUCUAUGUGACUUGUAUAGGUUUCCUGUCCCGCUAUUGAUCUGCUGCUGCUUUGUACAUAAAUAAUAAAUGUCUGCUUUAUUAUCUCA